UCAAAGGUUACCUCGCAGCAGCAGAACAGGAGAAGAGCUGCAGAGUAGAGACACCUCUAGAAGUCACAGAGUAGAAACUAUGGCCUCCCUCCGUCGAGAAAUUCCUUACACACCUACAGCUCCCAUCAGACAGGGAAUAUACAGUCAGGCGGUGGUUGCGGACAGAACCGUGUACAUCUCCGGUCAGCUGGGGAUGGACGUGGCCUCAGGUCAGCUGGUGGAUGGAGGAGUCCAGGCUCAGACCAAGCAGGCUCUUAUCAAUAUGGGGGAGAUCCUUAAAGCUGCUGGUUGUGGCUACACCAACGUGGUGAAGACGACUGUGCUGCUCGCUGACAUUAAUGACUUCAACAGCGUCAAUGAGGUCUACAAGACAUUUUUCAGCAGUAACUUUCCAGCCAGAGCUGCUUACCAAGUCGCUGCUCUCCCCAGAGGUGGACUGGUGGAAAUCGAGGCGGUGGCUGUGGUCGGUCCUCUCUCAGACUCCUGACUAACCGGCCCCAUCACAAACAAGCUAUAGUCGAACCGCCGAGUGGCCUUGGAUUUGUGCUGCAGAGGCCUUUUUGUAUUUCCACACGACACAUAAAAGAAGUUCCUUUCUGUUGUUGCCUCUGUGGCUGGUUGUCUGCAGCAAUUUAGUCUUUUGAGAAUCAUAUCAAUGGAAACCUACUGAUCUUCACAUUAAAAUUCUUACAAUAACAGAGAACUUAACAUCUUACCAGACUUUAGAUUGUGGUUUAAGGUAAUUUCAAUAUGUGCAUAAAACCAAAAUAAUCAUUAACAUUCCCUCAGCCUCAGUGAACAGAUAGAUAUCAAAUAAACCUUCUGUGAUGCUGUUUUUGGUUUAAUAAACUCACUUUCUCCUAGUUUUGUUCCAUUGAAACAUUUGAAAUAAAUAAAAUUUGAAUAAUUAAA